AUGGACCUUGCCAGCUUUUCUCUUCUGGCCGGCGCAGAGACGCCUUCCCAGCUGCGCACCCAACUUUCAGGUAUUGCCGGCUCCAUUUCACUUGCGUGCUGGCUGGUGCUGCUUCUUCCGCAGCUGAUUGAACAGUGGCGGCUGAAAUCGGCCGAAGGCAUCAGUCCACUAUUCCUCCUCUUCUGGACUCUCGGAGAUAUUCUCAACCUCGCGGGCGCGCUGUGGGCCGGACUCCUGCCCCAGGUGAUUUUGCUGGCCGCGUGGUUUGCUGUCGCAGACGCCUUUACGCUGGCAUUCUACUAUUACUACACCUACGUGUACCCCAAAAGGAGACAGCCAGAACGCACCCCGCUGCUGACAGACACGCCGCGACGCAAGUCGUCCACCAUUGAGGACAUCGUGCUCCAGCCACAGAACCACUCUGUGCUUGUCAGAUACGUGCUGCCGCUGCUCGCCGUGUUUGUGGCUGGCAUCAUUGGCUACCUGUGCUCGUCGCCCGCCAAAAAGCAGCCCGACAUCGAGCUGGCCAUUGGCCCGCAGAUCUGCGGGUAUUUGAGCGCCGCACUGUAUUUGAGCGCCAGACUGCCGCAGAUAUACCAGAACUACACCAAAAAAUCGUGUCGCGGGCUGAGUCUGCUCUUCUUCAUGUUGUCGACCCUGGGCAACGUCACAUACGGCCUGCAGAUCCUGUUCUACCGCUCGGACUGGGACUACGUCGUGCUCAACAGCAGCUGGCUGUUGGGCUCGCUGGGCACCAUUGCCGAGGACCUUGUCAUUUUCGCCCAAUUCUAUAUGUACAAAAACUCGGAGACGGCAGUGUUGGAAUAAAAAGCUGAGUCAAAAUUAAAUUAAAUCAAAAUAUUUGCCCAUGUCCAAUAUUGUCGAAAUUGCAGACAGGCUCAACUCGCCGCUGCCAUUCAAGUCGCCCUCCUACAAGCCUGCGAAGCGCAGGUAUCGGUUUCUAAGACAGAUCCUCAACGACGAGGCCAAACGGGUCCAGCUCAAGCAACAGCACGCUCACGACCCAAAUCUCGUGACAUACCAGUCGCUGUCGGCGCCACCCUCGCUCAGACCCACCAAGACAUAUUGUGACAUCACAGGACUGCCCACGCACUACAAGUCCCCACACAACCAGCUCAGAUACUACGACAAGGAGUGCUACGACAUCGUCAAACACAUGGCUCCUGGCGUUGAUCAGCAGUAUUUAGCGUUGCGCAGUGCCAACGUGGUGCUUAAGUAGAUAAUGAACGAUUUUCCCACCGAACAACGGCCUCCUUGAUUUGGCGGUCGAACCGCGGGUUGUCGAUCUCCUCGUUUUCGGACUCAAUGGUCCUGAACGGGUUGCACACCAGCUUGAGGUAUGCGCGCUGGAUGUCUGCAAAAACCCCGUUCAGACCCUCAUCCGGCAGCUCGUUUUCCGCGCGUGUAGCCCCCACGACGAUCCGCAGCCCCGUGCUCGUCUGGUGUCCAAACACAUACACCCCGUCCUGCACAAACAGCAGAACAUAGGUUUUUUUCGUGUUUGGGUCUGGGGCCGGCUGUGCAAACGGCGACUCAAAGAUGUCCAGCGACAUGUGCGACAGGAAGUUGUACUUGAGCAGCUCGUUGGCGGUGCACUCGUCCGCGGCACUGCCUGCCACAAACGGCUGGAUGUACAGGGGUCGGUUCUGGUUAGCGCAGCGUGGUGAAUACUUACAUCUCUCGAUAUGAGCGAAACAAAAAGAAUUGUCAUGAGAAACAAAAUCGUCGCGUCGAAAAUAUAUAAGAGGGAAGCCUGGUUCACAGAUUGCUGACCCGAACAAGACCUUGUUUGCGCUUCAGGGCCCACCAUUGUGCUGGAAACCUCCGUGACAACUUACAAAAGGCCAGUGUCGCAACUUUUCUGCUUCCCGAGUUCGCAACUGCGCAGGGUCGGCCCAGGCUGCCGGCAGUGCAUCGACCCAAUUUUUUUUAAAUUUUUUUCCCUAUCUAUCAACAUGUCUUCAGAACUUACUGAAAUCGCGGCAGAACUCAAGUCCGCGCUCCAUCAGUACCCGAACUUCCCCUCCGAGGGCAUCCUGUUCGAGGACUUCCUUCCUAUCUUCAGAAACCCGGCUCUCUUCAACAAGCUCAUCAAAGCGUUCAAGAUGCACCUGGAGGCCCGCUUCCCUAACCAGACCAUCGACUACAUCGUCGGGCUGGAGUCCAGAGGCUUCCUUUUCGGCCCAACGCUUGCCCUGGCUCUCGACGCAGGCUUUGUGCCUAUCAGAAAGAAGGGAAAAUUGCCCGGAGAGCUCUACAGAGCUGCCUACACUAAGGAGUAUGGCGAAGACUUCUUCGAAAUACAGGUCGAGUCCAUCCCAGAGGGAUCGAACGUGGUGAUCGUCGACGACAUCCUGGCCACCGGAGGCUCGGCCAAGGGUGCCGGCCAGCUUGUUCAGAUGUGCAAGGCCAACAUCCUCGAGUUUUGCUUCGUGAUGGAACUCGACUUCCUCAAGGGCAGAGACAAACUGCAGGCAGACACGUUCACGCUGCUCAGCGGCCAGACUGAGUCUCUGAAGGAGUCUAG